AUGGGGUUGUUUACUAUUUUAAAAAAGCUUAAACAGAAAGAGAAGGAAGUCCGGGUGUUAAUACUAGGAUUAGACAAUGCUGGCAAGACAACCAUCGUAAAGAAAUUUAAUGGUGAAGACAUAAACAGUAUAUCUCCAACACUAGGUUUUAGUAUUCAAACACUAGAACAUAUGGGUUUCAAAUUGAAUAUAUGGGAUGUCGGUGGACAAAAGUCUUUGCGAUCAUAUUGGCGAAACUAUUUUGAAACUACUGACGCAUUAAUAUGGGUUGUGGACAGCUCAGAUCGCCUUCGUCUAGAAGAUUGUCGGGUAGAACUAUCUAAACUGCUAGUUGAAGAACGAUUAGCCGGUGCUACUUUACUUGUGUUCGCUAACAAACAAGAUUUAUCUUCAUCAUUGAAACCGUCACAAAUACGUGAAUUAUUACAUUUAGAUGAGAUAACAACACAUCAUUGGUUAAUUCUUGGUUGUAGUGCAGUUACUGGGGAGAAUUUACUAGAUGGUAUAAAUUGGUUACUCAAAGAUGUAUCUUGUAGAAUAUUCUCAUCAGAUUAA